AUGUCAAACACGGUUCCUGAGAAUGUACCUAACACCACUCUAUCAGGUCUGUUAGCAACACUGGUGCCGACACUUAUUGUAUCUGUCAUUUACCUGGGAAUAUUCUUAUCACUGCGCAAAUCUCAACGACGGUACUAUGCACCCCGAACCUAUCUGGGCACCUUGCCCGAACACGAGCGGACAGAAUCUCUACCUAAUGGAUGGUUUGACUGGAUAGCUCCGUUCGCGAAAAUAUCGGACACAUGUGCUCUACAACGUCAAUCCCUCGAUGCAUACCUCUUUCUUCGAUUCCUGAAAGUUACGGUGUUGAUAAUGUUUGUUGGGGUUCUGAUAACCUGGCCUAUUUGUUUGCCUGUCUAUGCAACAGGUGGUAAUGGAAACGUACAGCUUGAUAUGCUCUCAACUAGUAACAUUGACGCGUCUGGUAAUGGAUUUCACAAAUACUACGCUUCAUUUUUCGCAGCAUGCAUCUACUUUACAUUUAUUCUCUUGCUCAUCACGCGCGAAAGCAUCUUCUAUGUCAAUCUGCGCCAAGCCUAUCUUCUCUCGCCCAUCAACGCCACUAGUACAUCUGCUCGAACCGUUCUUUUUACAUCCGUCCCCGACAAGUACCAAGAUGAAAGCAUGCUACGAAAAAUAUUUGGCGCUUCCGUCAAACGUAUCUGGCUCACUCGGGAAACUUCUAAUCUGGAUGAGCUUGUCCAAGAGCGCGACCAGAUCGCACUCCAAUUAGAGGCAGCUGAAAUAAGCCUCAUGAAAAUAGCAAACACAGAACGAGUGAAAAACACAAAGAUGAAAAAAUCCAACAAGAGAUCUCCCGAUGGAGUGGUGGCUGAUGAGAAUGAUGAAUUAGGUUCUUUAGUCGCUCGAUGGGUGCCAGAAAAAAACAGACCUUCUCACAAACUCGGUGCUCUAGGACUUUUUGGACAAAAAGUUGAUACCAUAAACUGGUCUCGAAGCCGCUUAGAAAACUUGAUACCUGCUACAGAAGCCGCUCAAGCAGCUUAUCUGGAUGGAGAGAGUGAAAAAACGGGCAGUGUCUUCAUAGAAUUUACAAGCCAGUCGGAAGCUCAAAUCGCUUAUCAAACUCUGUCUCAUCACCAGGCUUUACAAAUGGCUCCAAAGUUUAUCGGAAUAUCUCCCGAUGAAAUCGUGUGGAAUUCACUAAAAAUCACUUGGUGGCAACGAAUGGUGCGAAGAGUUGUAGUGCUGGGGUUCAUCUCAGUCCUAAUCAUCUUUUGGGCCAUCCCGGUCAGUAUAGUCGGCUCAAUAUCGAACGUCAGUUACUUAAUGAACUAUUCGGAGCUAGCAUGGCUAAGGAAGAUACCCAAUAAUGUCAUGGGUUUAAUUACCGGACUACUCCCAGCAGUUGCCAUGGCCAUCUUGAUGUCUCUAGUUCCAGUAAUAAUGAGAGUUGCCGCUAAACUCUCUGGGGAGCCCUCACUAGCUCGUGUUGAGCUUUUCACUCAAAACGCAUACUUUGUCUUUCAGGUUGUACAUGUAUUCCUCGUCGCUACGGUUGCUUCAGCAGCUACGACUCUAGUCAAAGAAGUGACAGAUGACCCAAGCAGUAUUACCAGUCUGCUUGCUACUAAGAUUCCUAAAGCCUCAAAUUUUUACAUUUCAUACUUGUUAGUUCAAGGCUUAACUGUAGCAUCCGGUGUCAUUUCUCAAGUCGUCGGAUUCAUCAUAUUUAAGCUCAUUUACAGGUUCCUCGCGAAGACACCAAGAUCUAUGUAUCAGAAAUGGUCUUCCUUGAGCGCUAUCUCCUGGGGUAGCACUCUACCUGUAUUUACCAACAUUGCGGUCAUCGGAAUCGUAUAUUCAUGUAUCGCCCCAGUAGUGAUCGGUUUUGGAGCUGUCGCUAUGUUUCUUUUCUACAUUGCUUAUCGCUACAAUGUCCUUUUCGUAUCAGAUUCUCCUAUUAACACUAAAGGGCUAAUUUACCCUCGUGCCCUCCAACAGCUUUUAACUGGUGUAUAUCUUGCAGAAUUUUGUCUUCUUGGGCUUUUCAUCAUCUCAAAAGCAUCAGGUCCUAUUGUCUUAAUGAUAGUCUUUAUUAUUUUCACUGUUGUAUAUCACCUACUACUGAACAAGGCCCUUGGUCCAUUGCUGUACACUCUUCCAAAAUCAUUAAUGGCUGAAGAGAGCAACGAUGCGGAAACCCCAGACACGAACGGCAAGAAUAGUGAACAAAAUAUGGACAGCUCACCGGUGCCAACGGUCCAUUCACAACGCGAUACAUUCACUAGAUUUAUCGAAACUUACAUACAGUAUGACUACGCAACUUUGCGUAAAAUUGUCCCGAGGAGUGAAACUUUUCACAAUCAGCUUGCCGAAGCUGAUGCCGAAAAUGCAUUUCUACCACCAUCAGUGACCUCAAAAGUUCCACUCUUAUGGGUACCAAGAGAUUCAAUCGGGAUUUCCUCAGAAGAAAUCUCCGAGACCGGCAAGGUUAUUCCCAUAACCGAUGAAGGUGCUAUUCUAGGUGACGACAACUUCAUUACCUGGAAUCCAGAAACAUCAAGGCCUCCCAUUUGGAAACCAAAAAUUUAUUACUAG